GAUAGACCAACCACGCCGUCGCGUCUCGUCAUCAGUGUGGGUUGUUGUCGCGGUGAACGGCGACUAACUGGUUUUGCGAGAAUUUCCAACCUAAAGCAAACAGCUCGAAAUUCUUCUGUUUCAGUUGAUUUUUCGGUUUUGAUACGCGCGCGUUCGACAACCACGCGCGCUGCUGUUUGACUGCAACAACACCGCUCGCUGCUUACCUACGUGAAAGUGCGUGGAGCAAUUCGUUGUUGUUUCCACUGACGGUCGAUGACAAUUGCAUCAGCGUCGGUAUUGCGGGGAAAAUGUUAAUUUUCGGUUACGCUGGAUGCUUUCUACCAACGCUGGAAACCGGAAAUAGUGAUUCAGGAUAUCGUGGCGAACACGUGUUCCAGCAUACCGGCAAAAACUGUCGACAAUGUGCAUAAGAAGUGUAUGACAAACAAAACCUGUGCAAAAAUUAGAUCAUAAAACAAAACUCCCAACCUGUGCCGGGUUGAGUGAUUGAUAGUGUGUUUGACAUUGAGCUGCAGUGGGUUGACUCAGGUGAUAAAGUACAUGCUCUAGAAAUUUUCCAGCUAACGUUCGCACGCGCUUGGAGUGACUUUAACGAACAUCGGAACGUAAAAGCAGUGAUUUAUGAUUAAUGCGGAUUGAACUAAGAACAACCAACGAACGAGUGAAUCAGUUCAAAAGUGCUUCUGCUGGUGAGCUGAUCUACACGACGGAGGCCACCUCCCGAAAAAAAGUGUUUAAAUUAAUCAUUUCACAUUAGCCGGAACAAAAAGUCUUAACAGUGCUUCAUUAAUCAAGAAAAGAAAUAAUAUAGAGUUGUGAGAACACGCGUGAUUCGCUCGUUGCAUUUAGUGUGCCCGUCAGACAGAAGGGAGCAGCGUCAGCGUGAAGAGAAACGAGCAGAAAUUAACGAGCCGCCGCCGCGGAGAACCCUGCCACCAUUAUGCCUGCCGGAGCACCACCAGCACCAGUAGCGGUGACGGGAGACCACGAAGAAGCGAUUUAAAAUUUCAAAUCAGAACCAGUUUUCAAACUCUGCACAGUAUUCGCUCCAUGGAUCGUCAGUGUUCCGUCUGCGCGGUAGCAGUUUUAUGAGUGGUAUACAGAAAAGUGUGAAUAAAUAUAACUGCCAAAAACGCCCGUCGGUUUAAGUGAUUUGAAGAGAUCUGACAGCUGUGAAGAGAGUUGCUAGUGGAAAAGUGCAAUCAGUCAGAGAGUGAGGAUCUCAAACCUCCGUAGUGUGGUCACGUUCAGGUGAGAAAAGGGUGCGUUACACCCCUGCAACCAACUGAAGCUUAGCAGGCUCAGUUUGGUUGCUCGGUUCCGUUCGGAUCGCGACAAUGGCAGUGUCCUGCCCGGAAGUUAUGUACGGAGCAUACUAUCCUUAUCUGUACGGCCGCGCCGGACCCAGUCGACCCUUCUAUCAGUAUGAGCGGUUCAACCAGGAUCUCUAUCCGUCGUCGGGCGUUCCUCUGGCGGCAUCCUCCAGUACAUCAGCCGGGUCUCACUCACCAUGCAGUCCCCUACUCCCGCCUUCGCUAUCGUCGAACGUGGCAGCGGCGGCGGCUGCCCAAACCUCGGCCCUAUCCUCCUCCACCUCAAACACAACGAUACCAACGAUACCGCUGGGCGCGCUCCAGAGGCACAUAACCAAAGAGGAAGACAUCAGCACGGCACGUAGUGAUAACGAAGGAACCAUCCCUGGGGCGCACAACGACAGCUCUUGUUCGUCUGGUCCCGAGUCGCCACAUAAUCUGCACCACCAGGAUGGCAGCGGGAGUGGUGCAACCGGUGGGGCCAGUGGUCCGGCUGGCGGUAGCAGUAGUGGUGAGACCUCUGGCGGUGGUGGCGGAGGCCGAGCGCAGUACGUGUCCGCCACGUGUGUAGUGUUUACCCAUUAUUCCGGCGAUGCGGCCAGCGUGGUGGACGAGCACUUUUCUAGGGCGUUAAAUUUUAGCGAUAAAAAUAAUAAAGAAGGUUACAGUUCCAUGUCGAGUCGAAACUUUCCUCCUUCCUUUUGGAAUAGCAACUACGUCCAUCCUACACCCGCGCCUACUCACCAUCAGGUUUCCGAUCUCUACUCGACCGACGGAGGCUAUUCAACGGACCCGUGGCAUGCAGCUCACUAUGGGUCGUAUGCCCAUGCCGCCCACGCACAUGCAGCCCACGCGCACGCCUAUCAUCACAACAUGGCGCAGUACGGUAGCUUACUGAGGUUACCUCAGCAAUACGGGCACACAUCUAGGUUACAUCACGAGCAACAGGCGGCACAUGCACUGGAAAGUGCGGCUGCAUAUUCUAGUUAUCCAACGAUGGCAGGUCUUGAAGCGCAAGUACAAGAGUCUUCCAAGGACCUGUACUGGUUUUAAAUAGUUAGCCGAAUUAUUCCCAAAUGUGUUAAAUGAGUUGAAAGCAGACACGAAUUCGUCGUAACAAAAUUCAAAAUAGUGUUCAUCUUUCUUCUCGACAAGUCGACAAGUGAGAAUCAGCACAACAAAUUUGCGAAAAUCAAAAGACAAACUAAGCUAAACAGAGAAGCACUUGAAAGUGAUUUUAGUGAUAUUGUAAACUAAUUUAUCUAAUCGUACUUCGUUCAGAUAUAGUUUUUAGUGAGACACCCACAACUGAUCUUUUAUUUAGUUACGAGGCCCUUAUUUUGGCUAUCACUUUUAUUGACAACGAUGUAAUUUACCUACCACCAGACUGUUUAUAAUUUAAAAUGAUCUGCGACAAAUCGAAAAAAAUGAAAAUCGUUUCAAGUAUAUCUCUCACAUCGCUUCACCAUGUAUUAUAUAUUAUGUAAGAGAGUUGCGUGAAAGCAAAUUAUAAAUCAGAACCAAACAGUGAAUACAUACACUUCCGUACACAAAAUCAUUCAUUCACAAUAGCCACAAAAAUAAGAGUUGCCCCAUUUAAAAAAUGGAUCAUCAUUACGUGCAUAUAUUCAAUUUAUCCUUCCGAUAACAGUUUGAGUACACUGGCAAAAGAACUACAACAUGAGUCAACGAUAAGUUUAAAUGUCAUACACAAUACACAACAUAAAUUAAAAAGAUUUAAAAAAUACAUGCUGUGCUGCGUACAGUUCUUAUAAGGAUAAUUAUUUUAUUGCAAUAUUAUUACUAUAUAAAAAUGUAUGACUCUUUAUGUGUGAUGGAUAGGAAAACGAACACACUAAGACACUGUACUAUCAUCUCAGAGUUUAGCUGAUGAGCAUUAUAUGCAACUAAACAAACCCUUAUACAUACAUAAAGUCGCCUCCUGGAGCGUUGUGUAAUAAAGAAUUCUGUAAAGCAAAAAAC